AAUUCCAUCAUUGGUGUUGUGUCGAUGCUAAUGUCUUCACAGCUGCAAUAGACAAAACUUAUUCAAUAGCUUUCCUUUCUUAUUCAUGGUAUUUUACAUCACGCAAGUUGUCUCCUGAACUGGCUGAAUCGCUGAAGACGAAAUUGCAAACUUUCAAACAACUGAGUGCAACAGACAACUGGUAUUAUGAAGAUGAUCUGGGGCCUGUGCCUGCUUUGUUUGGCCGGGGGCUUAAGAGCAGUUCACGCAGCUCCAGUCAGGAAGACUGGGAAGAUGAAAGAAAAGGCUGCACCACAGGAGGAAGUCAACACGCUCAUGUUUGGAGUCAUACAGUUCAGCCAAUCCCUUAACUAUGUUUAUGAAACAACGGAGGCAAAGAUAGCUCAAAUCAGCCGGACUUUGAGGAGCCACGGGGAGACUCUCCAAAAUCUGGGGAAGCAGACUGAGCAGGCUGCAGAGGUGGAGAAAGAGAUCAAAGUAGUGAUCCAGUUGCUACAGGCCCAGAUGGUCAAGCAACAAGCUCAGACCAAGAUGACUAAAGACUGGCUGGCCAGCAUGGAUCAGGAAGAGGUGGAGCUCAAAACAAAAGUGAAGAAGUUGGAGGUGCAUCUCAACACAAAAAUCAGCAUCAAAGAACUGCAGAAGAGAGCAGAGGAGCAAGCCAACAUCUUGAAAAAUUUACAGCACUUGACCCAGUUCCAGAAAGAGAAUAUUGAGGCUCAGAAUGAGCAGCUCUCCAAACUGCAGAACAUGAGUGCAUCAAUGACAUAGUUGUUUUUGAGAAUCACCACUGAGCUCUCCCAGUCCACGCAGCUCUCAUCCCUUACGUCUCUGCACUCCCUGCACUCUGCAAGAUGUGCUAUAGCUCUAUUGCAUGGCUAGAAAAUAUUUUUGUUAGUACUUUAUGAUCAUAUCCUUGUUAUUGAAGCUCUGAUGUAUUUGUGUCUUUUGAUUGUCUUGAUUUUGAUAUACUUAGUAAGCCCUUUUUUAAGAGACAUUCAAAUAAGGUUGUUAAAUUAUUUAAGAUUUAGUUUCACCGAACAAAAUCUUUUGUUAUUUGUAGGUACAUGUAUAGAUAAAGAUAAAAUGUUUUGUAUUUAUAUAUUACGUAAAACA